AUGACUGAUCGCAUUUAUUUGUGGGAUCUUGCUGUGUGCAAAGGAACCAGGCGCCGAGGGAGCACAACCUGCAGAGAACGAGCCCGGAGCCUGCAGCGCAUGCGCAGACAGGAUCUGAGACUACAAAUCCCAGAGAGCACCGCGAGGGACCGGCGCAGGCGCAGUGGAAGGUGGCGCUGGGCGGGAAACGGUGGGUGCGAGUGCUGGAGCCAUGAGGAACAGCGUGCAAGAAUGGAGAGUACAACAUUUGGUUCACCAUGUGAGUCUUCGUCUGUGGAUCAAUUCAGCACAAGUAUUCAAACCCCAGUUCAUACCAACACAGUGGUAAAAACACCAAUGAGUGCCAGUCUCCGGGAGCGGCUGAAGAAAACACGGCGUUCCUUUAAUGCUCCUUUCAUUGUGCCAAAGCGAUUAAAGGUUGACUGUGAGGGUGAGGGCGAGGAGAAUUCAGAGACUGGUACAGACCUGGGUAUCAGCCAGCUUACAGCUGAAACUCCUGCUGCUGGCAGUGGUGUGAACAUGAAGACUGAGAGCCCUCGCAAGAAGGCAGUGGAUGAAUGGCAUGAGAUGGGUGCAGAGGGGGAGGGGUUGCGUCCAGGACCCUCCCAAGCAGCCUUGCGAAAUGCCUGGACUCCUGCCAAGUCACCAAGACAUUAUCCAGUGACAGUGAGUGCUGAACAGCAGGAGCUACUUGAGGAAAAGGAUAGACUUCAAAGAGAAGUGGAAAAGAAAGAGGAGCUUCUUCGCAGGUUGAAAAUGGUUCAGAUGUACAGGGCAAAGAAUAAUUUGGCAGAAUUGGGGUUGCUGAUAGAAAAAUGGAGGAAGAGUAGCCAAACUUUGCUUUACGAACUUCAGCUGGCCCUUUCUACUGAUAGCAAGCCCACUCUCACUCAGCUCAUAGACAGCUUGGCCGUGGAAGAUCGACUCCUGCAUUACAACAGGUUUGAAGAGGACUUCACAGAUACAUGAGAUGACUCCUGUCCUGAGAAUCGGCAGCCACAUCACGACAAUACAACAACCAGAACUGAGAUGUAAGCCUUCAUUUAUCCUGCAACCUCAUGUGUUCUGUGCUACUACGAGACAUGCUUUAUUAUAAAGACUGCUCCACUGGGUUCUAAGUGUGUCCUGU